AUGGAAAUAAUUGUAUUCCUAUCUACACGUGUUGGUCAUCGUGCCUGGUCUGUGACUGUAUCGCAUGUUUAUCCGUUUUCCUUGCGGUUUCCUUCAGCCCAUAUCGCCAAAUCAGCCACGAGUUUCCUCAACUCACCUCUCUUGCUACGCACCGUGAUUUCUUUCCAGAAACGUCCUCGCAUCGGCGGCAAAAUCAACCCAUUAUACGCCGUUGCGGCACCAGUGAUUGCAUCACUGAUAGUCGGCGAUGUUCGUGGCAUGGUCGAAGAAGUGUUCUAUAACGUAGUCGUCGCCACCGACGUUCGAAAUCGGCGUUGGGGUUCUCCCUUCGGUGAAGCCAAAACCGCUACUUUUCAGUUAAACGAAAUUGGUGAUUUCUUCUCGGCUUCAGCUGAUUUUGAACAAUUCUACACGCAGCUGUUACUAUUGGCUAUUGCAGAUAAAGAGUCCAUCCCAGGUAGAAGCUGCAUUUGCAUAUCUUAA